GUUGUAUUGACUUGGCCUUAGGUAAGAGUGACUUAAAGGGAACCUUAAGCUUGAGUUCUCUGAAGUGCCCUUCUUUCGGAGCGUACGGUACUGAAAUGUCUUGCCUGAAGCACAUUUAACCUCUUUUUGCAGUGGUUGUAUGAACAGCAGUGUAUGGAAUGAAAAUGUUGAACUGGUAUUUCUAGAAAACAAACAUAAUGUGUGCCAUCCUUUGGGAUUAUUCGUUUGCCUCUCUCAAGGUUUCAUGAAUUUUGACAGUCAAUUCACUGUAUUCCAGUAGUCCUUGCAAGCUGUUCAUUUCAAAAAUAAAACAUUAAAUUCCAAGAAUUCAAAGUCUCCAAGCAACCAAACCUAGCAAACAAAACUAUUGUACAUGAUAUUUACAUCUUUGUUGCCUGGGAAUCCUGUUGCUGCUCCACACCUCACUCCAAACACUUGCUAAAAGCAUGCAAUGGUUUUUGCAGCUGCCUUGCAGUUUAGGAAAGAUCAAGUCACAGACAUGUAGAUCAGAGGGCUACGAUUCCUGAGUGGCUGAGGCAGCCAUGAGUAGUCGAGAGGUGGUCGUUCUGAGUGUGGGAGGUGUGAGAUUUGUAACCUGGGCUUCCACCUUGCAGCAGUUCCCUGAGUCCAGGCUGGCACGGAUGGUGAAUGAUGAUGACCGGGAAUUUAAACUGGUGAAUGGAGAGUUUUUUGUGGACAGAGAUGGAGCUUUGUUUAGUUACAUCAUGGACUUCUUGAGGACUCUCCAGGUGUCCUUACCAACUGAUUUCUCAGACUAUCAGAGGCUGCAGAGAGAAGCAGAAUUCUAUGGACUCUACCCCCUGGCCAACCUCCUGAGCCAAGAACAUUUGCUGAAGCCAAGGCUGGAGAUCUUGGAAGUGCAUUUUUCUCUCCAAGAAAUGCAGGCCUUUUUCCGGAUCUUUGGUUCCUGCAGUACCACCAUUGAGGUACUAGCUGAGCAGAUCACUGUGUUUACAGGGCAGCAGUCAGGACAGGGCUGGAGCAGCCCUUUUCCUUCCCAGAAGCCACUUGUUCCACUUCCUGUGGAAAGACCCUCUCAUCACGAUCUGGUUUUUCUGUGUGGUACUGAGUAUUCUGCUGGUGACCAGUUCGUGGCCAGGUAUGUUUCCAUAAAGCCUGAUAAGAGAAAGCUGAUUAAUGGUACUAACGUGCUAGGUCUGCUGCUUGACACUUUACUCAGAGAUGGAUUUCGCCUCAUAGGCACCAGGACAGUUGCCAGUGAAGAGAAGGUUGAAUGCUACACUUUUGAAAGGAUGAAGAGGGCAGCAGGCCUUGACAUCAUGGCGAACCAAACCUCAGGGAGCUCUGGGGCAGCACAGGCAAAGAGAAGCCAAGUACAGAAAUGGAAAUAAAGGCUUUUCCUUCCAUGUUUUGAAUGUAGAAGAGGGAUGUGUUAGCACUAGUGGUCAUUUCUUUUUUUGUUUUGGCUUGUUUGAAACUGCAGCUAUUGAGGGAAGUAACAAACACAUUUUCUUUCAAGUAUUUAGGGGAAAAAAAAUUGCUUUCUUGCCUUUUACUGUUCUACCUUCUUUAAGUAAAAGAAGCCCAGAUUCAAUACUGGGUUUGUGGACCAUAUUUCAGCAAUUGCAAGAGUUGUUUUUGUUUUAUCUCUGUGCGUAAAAUUAACAUGAGGACUCAUAAAGUAUCAGCCAUCCCUUCCAGAAAAUUGUUUUUAUGUUCUGUGCUGAUCUGCAAGUAGAUUUUAAAAAUGUGGUAAUACAUGAAGAAAUAAUAUCUUGAUGCAGCUAUCAUCCCAACAUUUAGAAGUGGCUGGAGGAGGACUGCAAACCCCAAAAAUUGAUUAGUGCUUCCACUUAAUGACUCUCUUGCAGUUGGCUGAGAGCAGUGUAAGGAGAAAGUCCCGAGCUGUGGUGCUAUGUGGUUUUGUGAAAGCCAUCUCUGAGGUCUGUGAAAUAAUGUAUGACUAUCUCUUGCAGAACACUCCUCUGUCCUCUCCUCCCACUCUGAUGGCAUUAAAAUGCUCUUUGGUUCUGAGAAUUAAAUGAUAAAGAUCUUUGUGAACAGAAGGUCAGUUAAUUUUUAGUGCUUUCACUACAAAAAGGAUGAAAAUGUGAUGAACAGCCCUUCAGAUGAAAGUUUAUACAGUCUCAAACAAAAGAGUGCAAAGGAUUUUUAAGGACUUGUUAAGUACAACACAGUUGGAAGGCUUAGCAGAAGUGGCUUCAAGCCUUGUUAGUCCUGUACAAAGCUUUGUAAAAAUACCAAAAUUAGCUCAGGUACUGAGAGAGGUAAGUUAAUGAAGCUUUAUAAAUUAAGAAUCUUUUGUCCUUCCAUCAAGGCAGGGAAAGAAGAUAGCAGUAACUUCAGAGAUUCAUUAGUUGCAUCUCAGUUUUCUUGCUGGUAAAAUGCCAUCUUCCCAAGGCUUCGAACAGCCCAGGAGAACCACUUUGGGCUUUCUUGGCUGACCAAUUAGUUCUGGCUUUUCAUUAGUUUUAAAAUGUGAAUGCAUUACCUUAUUUGCAGCACUUGAUAAUGGGGGUGGGACUCAGCCAUGUGUUUCUUGCCCUAAGGAGUUUCAGUGAAAUGGAUCUUUCCAGACUGGUGGUGCUACUAUUGGACACCUCUUUUCUUUGGCUACUACUGUGAGGCAUUUCAGCUAGACCCAAGUUCAGAAGCUCAGCAGAAAUAGUGAGGUCCUCUUUGCUUCUAGAGCUGUUUGGUUUGAGAAGAAUAUGAUUGUGAGACUACAUCUCCUAAGCUGCUCACAGGUUAUGUAAUGAAUGCAAGAGUGAAUGCUUCCACUUCAAAUGGGAUUUUUUUGGUCAGUAAUGUCAGUAUGUUCAUAUUUGUCUUGAAGUAAGAUAUUUCUUACGGAGAACCAUCUGAACAACCUCCCCACAGAUGUGGUAGAGUCUCCAUUGUUAGAAAUUUUGAAGAGGAUGCUAAAUGAUUUCAUGGAGGCUCUAUUUCACAUGAAAGG